CCCGCCUCUCCCCCCCACUUCCUCCGGCCUCCGGCUCUCACUUCCUUCUCGAGCCCGGAGCCGCCGCCGCCGCCCCCAGCUCCCCCGCCGCGGGGAGGGCGCCAGGUCGCUGCUUCCAGAGGGGCCCAGAAGAGGGACGGGGCACUGGCUCCACAAUAGCAGCUUCGCCCACAAUGCAGAGCAUCAAGUGUGUGGUGGUGGGCGACGGGGCCGUGGGCAAGACCUGCCUGCUCAUCUGCUACACCACCAACGCCUUCCCCAAGGAAUAUAUCCCCACAGUGUUCGACAAUUACAGCGCCCAGAGCGCCGUGGAUGGGCGCACAGUGAACCUGAACCUGUGGGACACUGCGGGCCAGGAGGAGUAUGAUCGCCUCCGCACCCUCUCCUACCCUCAGACCAACGUCUUUGUCAUCUGCUUCUCCAUCGCCAGUCCACCCUCCUAUGAGAACGUGAGGCACAAGUGGCAUCCAGAGGUGUGCCACCACUGCCCUGAUGUACCCAUCCUCCUGGUGGGUACCAAGAAGGACCUGAGAGCCCAGCCUGAUACCCUUCGGCGCCUCAAGGAGCAGGGCCAGGCACCCAUCACGCCACAACAGGGUCAGGCGCUGGCCAAGCAGAUCCACGCUGUGCGCUACCUCGAGUGCUCGGCCCUUCAGCAGGAUGGCGUCAAGGAGGUGUUCGCCGAGGCCGUCCGGGCUGUGCUCAACCCCACGCCCAUCAAGCGUGGGCGCUCCUGCAUCCUCUUGUGACCUUGGCACUCUGGCCUGGAGGCUUCCCUUGUCCCCAUCCCACCAGUUGUGCCUUGGCGCCUUGCCUGCCCCCAGCUGUGCCUUAAGGACUAAUACUGGCACCCCUUACCAGGGGUCUCCCUAAAUGCCUUCUUCCCCUUAAGGAAACCCACAGGGAGAGGGGCUUUGGGCCCUGCCCCACUCCGCUUGGGAACACCAGGUAUUCCAUGAGCUCGCCUAGGCCAAAGGUGACCUUCCCAAGAGGUCAGCUUAGUGCCACCCCUCCAUUUUCUGCUACUGACCAGCUCAUGAGCUUUCCACAAAGUUGUUGCUGCCUAAUUGUGGUGCCUUAUCUCAGGUUAGGGGCUCUCAGCUAUCUAACCUCUGCCUUUGCUCUUGGAGUUCUCUCUCCAAGAUGCUCUCCUUCCGCAGGGAAGGAGCUGUUGACUCCUGAGAAGGUAAAUGUGCCCCUAACCUGCCCCACGUGCCAGGCCUUAGGCGUCCGCUGACUGACUCAGCAACCCCCUGCUCUUGGGGCCUUUCCUACCCCCACCAGCAUCAAUAAAACCUCCUGUCUCCAGUG